AUGAGCCAUCCCAGGUCAAAUCAUGUAUCCGCCAUCUUCGUCCAUGCCGGAGCCGGGUUCCACAGUCUACACAACGAGAGAGCCCAUCUAGAAACCUGUGAGAGUGCCGUGAGAAUCGCGAUGGGAAUACUCCGAAAUGGAGGCUCUGCAGUUGACGCAGUCGAGUCGGCCGUUAUGCUGUUGGAAGACGCCGAGAUCACAAAUGCGGGCUACGGUAGCAAUAUGACCUUGAACGGCACGGUGGAAUGCGACGCCACCAUCAUUGAUCAUCUAGGCCGAAGCGGCGCUGCUGGAGCCGUUCCUCAGGUCAAAAACCCGGUUUCGCUCGCCCGGGUAAUCUAUGAGCAUUCCAGCAAGCCGCUGUCGUUACAGAGAGUCCCUCCGAACUUCCUGGUAGGACAAGGGGCUACUGACUUCGCUUAUGAACACGGGCUAGUGGUUCUUCCUCAUGAUGCUCUUAUAUCUCCUACUGCACAAGAAAGGUGGAACCGCUGGCAAAAAGACCUGGAGGCGGCGGAAGCGAAGCUGAGACAACAAAACCUCGCCCAAUAUCCCAACGACCAGCUCGCUUCAUUUUAUCGUCGACCCGUCAAUGAUCAUUCGGCCCAUUUACUGGCAACCCCCUCGAGUGACCGGCCCAGCUCAGUGGCUAGCUCUCCUCUGGCCCAUCACACACACGACACGCAGACCGUCUCCAGCAACAGCUCCCUGUCCAAUCAUGUGAAUACUUCACCUUUGAGCUCACGAUCGCACAAGACCGGGGACGGUGAGUAUGUCGACGGUGCCACCCCGCACAGAUCGCCGUCAUCAAGCCACCGGGGUCAGGCACCGGAUACGCGGGCGUCACGCUCGGAGAGCCCUUCCGGCCACAACACUCGGUCUGGACCGGCAACUGCAAACAACGCACCUCAUGGUGGAUACCCCCGCUGUGAUGGUCAUGUUCCCUGCGAAGCAGAUAUUGAUCGGAUCAAUGAUACCGUUGGCGCAAUCGCAGUGGAUAGCAACGGGAAUAUUGCAGCAGCAUCGUCCUCCGGGGGCAUUGGAAUGAAGCACAGGGGUCGGAUCGGCCCAGCAGCACUCGUGGGUAUCGGGACCAGCGUAAUCCCUGUGGAUCCCAGUGACCCCGAGAAGACGUGUGUCGCGACAGUCACCUCAGGGACUGGCGAGCACAUUGCAACCACCAUAGCUGCCCAGACAUGCGCCGCACGUGUUUACUACAGCCAGCGAAAAUGCAAAGACGGCUCAUAUGAGGAGGUCACAGAAGACGAGGCCAUCAGUGCCAUGAUUCAAAAUGACUUCAUGCGUCAUCCCGGAGUCAAAGACAGCCCUUGUCAAGGCGCAAUCGGAGUCAUGUCGGUCAAGAAGACCGCCGACGCGAUGUUCUUGUACUUUGCUCAUAACACCGACUCUUUCGCCCUCGCCUCUAUGAGCUGUGAGGACAAGAAGCCAACGUCGGUCAUGUCCCGUAGCCGUGGAAAUGGAACUGUCGCCCAAGGCGGUCGCGUCUACCGACGCAGAAGGCACAGAGUUCCAGAUGCAACCGCAGGGUCCCAUUCGUGA